AUGCCCGAAGCUGCUUCAACACCACCCUCGAGGGCCUUGCCACCUGUUCCCGUUGACGAAGAAGCCUACGGCGCACAUCGCCCCGACUUGAACGGCUCGAGUAGUUUCCAGCAUCGCAAACCGCCCACCGCGCGGCACUCUUCCACACCCUCUUUCAGCAUCACCGAGCACAACAACACAGCAGCAGGAGGACGCGAUUCGAGACAAUCCGGAUCUUCCUUCAACCAAAGCUCCGACGGCCAUUCAAGAACGCCCUCACGAGAAACACCAGACCUCGAGUAUAGGUUCUCGGGGAGCUCGAUUCCGCCCGCACAAGACAUCCCCUUCAGACAGCUGCAUAUCAGCGACGGAUCGUACGGGAGUCGGUUCUCACACGUUGCGGAAAUGGACGUUGCAAAAGCUCACGAUGAGACGGACAAUAUAUACACUCCCCAGGAGCAAUACCGGCCCGUAUCCUACCCGAACCAACCGACCCCGCCGGCUGCAACAUACCCUCCCCGCGAGACCGCACAAUCCCCGACGGCUGGGUCGCAGCACUCGUCGAACAACAGUGGGCGCAACAGCUAUUUCAACAGUCAUGCGCACGAGGGAGAGCUGCAAGUUCCGCGUAGCACGGUUCCGCGCCCCAACUCUGCAUAUACACUGGGCUCAGAACUGAACGUACAAGGUCGUACAGAAUCCCCACGCCUUUCAGUUUACGGGACCCCGUCACCUAGCGCAUCACCUAAUUCUCACGCCCGCCCCAUAUCGACGACCCGCCGUUCUCCCGACGUCAGACCAGAGUCAUCCUACAUUGAUCUAACCAACCUCCCGUACAAUCAGCAAGUUGCGCCUGCGACCAACUUUGGCAAUGCAGCUCUGCGGGGCAGUGUGGGGCAGAAUGCCUCGCUGCUUAACCAGAAGAAGACGCUGGAAAUGUACAGGGCGAACGUCAAGAAGACAGCAGAUACUGCAGUGCAAUACGAGUUUGCGCUUUUCAUGGUACAAGUGGCCCGCGAGCUCCUGGGGACGGAGAAUGGCAGUGACGAUCACGGCAUGAACCCCACAGACUUGUUAAAAGAAGCAAGACAGAUUCUCCAGAGAUUAGCCGACCGCAGCUAUCCAUUCGCACAGUACUACCUCGCAGACGGUUACGCGUCAGGCCUGUUCAACAAGGACAAGCCGGAUCACGAUCGGGCGUUUCCACUCUUUGUAGCUGCUAGCAAGCAUGGUCAUGCUGAGUCAGGCUUCCGUGCCGCACUUUGCUACGAGUUUGGUUGGGGCUGCCGCAAAGACUACGCCAAAGCUGUUCAGUUUUAUCGUGCUGCUGCAUCGAAGAACCAUCCUGGAGCCGCGACACGUCUCGGAAAGGCUUGUUUGACAGGCGAUAUGGGUCUACAGAACAAGUAUAGGGAAGGAUUGAAAUGGCUCAAGCGAGCUACCGAAUCUGCCGACUUCCAGUACAAUAUUGCGCCGUAUGAGCUUGGUUUGCUACACGAGACAGGCUUUGGAGACGACAUCUUCAAGGACGAGGUAUAUGCUGUGCAGCUCUUCACACAGUCUGCCGAAUUGGGUCAUCCAUUGGCUGCUUUGAAGCUGGGCGAAGCUUACGAACAUGGCUUGUUGCGCUGUCCCAAGGAUGCUGCGCUUUCCGUUCACUACUACAACUGCGCUGCUCAGGCCGAUAUUCCCGAAGCCAUGAUGAACCUUUGCGCAUGGUACAUGGUUGGUGCCGAACCAGUUCUGGAGAAGGAUGAAAACGAGGCGUACGAAUGGGCUAAGAAAGCUGCAGAGCAUGGUCUUCCAAAAGCCGAAUAUGCCUGUGGAUACUUUACGGAGAUGGGCAUUGGCUGUCGGAGAGAUCCUCUAGAAGCAAACGUGUGGUAUGUCAAAGCUGCAGAUUCCGGCGACGAGCGGGCAAAGCAACGUCUUGCCAUCAUUCAAGCUGCCGCAUCCGGGCAAUCACACGUCCCCCCAGCAAGCAACGACAAAGGCAAACUCAAGAAAGAAAAGCCCGGCAAGGAGAAGGAUGCCAAAGAAAAAGACGAGAAUUGUGUUGUCAUGUAG